AUGGUUUGGGAAGCUGUUGCUGCAUCUGGAGUUGGAAGAUUAGUAUUUAUUGAGAGUAAUAUGGAUCGUUAUAAAUACAAAUCACUAUUGGAAGUCAAUCUGAAAUCUUUGGUGGAUGAUUUGGAGCCUGGUCCAGAAAGCGGUCUAACUAGGGAAUCAUUGAAGCUCCUAAAGCCAAGCCAUUUGGAUACAUUGAUCGACACAUCGCAGUUUGGACCAAGGGUAAUUUUUGAGCAUAAUCUGCUCAAUUGGCAAGCGCAACAGGGAAUAAAAACACAAGCCAUUCACACUGAGGCAUGCGCUUUAUUGGCAAAUGAAUAUCGUGGCGAGGAAUCUUUUGAAGCAAUACUCAGUAAGUCGGCGGGUGGAUCACAAAUCCUGAAAUACUAUGCGCAAAAAAAGUGUCUCACUCCAAAGUAUAGGAAACUUCUAGCUGCAACAGUUGCAAAUUAUUUUAUUUCUGCUGAAGUACAUCCAAACCCUAAAACAUUUGAAGCUUUCGCCAAUAAAAUUGUGGAUUUAUUUACGAGUGAAUCUAAAGAUAUAUAUUACAUUCAUAAGAAAGGAAAAAAGCCAGGUGGAUCUCUGUAUGCUAAGUACCACAGUGUAUUAUUGAAACUUAGACGGGAUGGUCUUAUUUCCAAAAGAGAUGUAGAACCAACAACAAAAGGAACGGAGAUUAAUUCUUGCGUAACAGAUUGCAUUCAAGAAAAAUCAUGGUUAAAGUAUAACGUUGAACCAUUCGAUGAAGUUCAACUAAAAUGGGAAGCGACUUUUGCUGUGCGACGACAAAUGCUACAAAAAGAUGCCAAUUUAAAUACAAUUUUAGAAGAACGGCCUCAGUAUAAGCAGAGUUUUGGACAUUUAAUGAUAGAACUGGAUUUUAAGAAGCUGUACCCCGAAAAGCAAAAUUUGUUAUUUGAUAAAUGGGAGAGCUUCUGCCAAGCGAUUCCACCUUUGCUAGAAAUUUACAUUAAAGAUUCAAACAGUUUAACUACUUGGAGGCAGUUUAAAGAAGGAAGCAUCAAUGCUGGUAUUUAAUAUGUCUUAAGCCCUCAUUUUUUUUAACAAUCUAAUUUCAGAUGCAAAAGACUUAGUCAUUUUUUAUCUUCUACACUCUGUCUUAAUUCCAACUGGCCGAACAUAUAGAACAUGCAAACAGACAAAAAAA